CUAUUGUGUGUGCGGCUGAGUCUGAAAGAGAGAGAGAGAGGGAGAGAAAGGAGUGGGGGCGAGAGACACAGAGAGAAAGAAAGAGAGAGGGAAGAAACUCGCCCUUUGUGUCGGGGGGAAGACUCAGCAGGAAAAGAGAGAGAGAGAGAGAGAGAGAGAGAGAGAAAGAGGGAGGGAAAGGGUUUGCAGUUCAGUUUAACUUGGGCCUCACUCUCGCGCACUCACACACACAUACACUCUCACACUCUCUCUCUCUUUCUCUCGCAGGACAGGCAGUAUUGGCGGGGCUCUCUCGCCCGGCUCAGGCCUUGCGGGUGGCGCUGUGUGGCGCGAGAGCGAGCGUGUGCGAGUGUGUGUUUGCGAGCGCCGGCGGCGUGCGAGUGUUUUGUUGGCGCUGACGCCGGCGCGGGCGAUCGAGGACGUCACUCCCUCGCCCAUGAAUAUUGAUGCGGACGACGUCGGUGCGCUCCACACACAAGGAAACAAGAUGGCUGCCCUGUAGGAGUACUCUCGCAGCGAGACGCCGUCGCGCCGGGACUCUCACCUCUCGGCCAGGCACAACCAGGACGAAGAGAGGGCAGCCUCGUGAAUGGACUCAGAGCAGGCCAGAUGGAAACGGAAAAGGCCAGGCAUGAGACGGAAGAAAGUCUGAUAUGCAAACAGCUCAAGACCCCUCACCAAGUGGACUCUAUGCAAACCAAGCUUCAGAAUGGAAGCCAGUCACCUGAAGUGUCCCCUCAGCAACUCAACGGGGACGCCAGUUGGAGUCAUUUCAAGCCCAGUGCGGAGGUCAACCCAAUGAAGCGACGCCUGGACAACUGUUCAAGCCCUGGCAUCAUGCAGAGUCUGGAGAGUUUGGACAAGCCUCAACUGGAUAAGAGGAACUGUAAUUAUCCCAACGGGGACAUCUACUCACUGUCAAGGAACAAGCAGGUGCCAACACCCAACAAUGGUGCUACAGUGACUCCUCCAUCCGUGGAGAGUCCGGCCGGUGACCUCUUGGAGAAAUCUUUAUCUCAGUAUUGUCCAGAGCAUGUGUCCAUCACACCACAAGCUCACUUAUCUCCAGUGGACAGGGUCACCAGCAACCUGCAGGACCUUCAGGACCUGCAGGCCAUCCCCUCACCUUCACUUACCUCAGGUAUUCCCAGUUCAGCCUCUGAGACACUUUCUAGGGCACCCCAGGAGGUGCACAGCAACUCACCAGUCAUGGUGAAUGGGUACACGGGGGGCUUCGGAGCUGAGCAACAGCAUCAACAUCAACAGCAGCAACAACAGCAACAACAAUCGCCUUACCCUCUAACUGAAGUACCAGCCCCGGAAGCACACUCCUCGCAGAGUGAGAUGGGCAAGGGGUCUGGUAUGACAUCUCAAAUGGGCAUCACUGACUGUUCACAGGCACAGAAUGGCACAGAGUGCUUUCCCAGUAACCCAGAGGGUUUAAACAUGUUCGCCAAGUCCAGCCAGGACUUUAGCCAGGGGCAUUACCCACUGCCCCCCCUCCCGGCAGGGACUCCAACACAGGCUGAAGGCUCUGGCACAAUGAGUUUGUUUAACAGCCAAGCAGGCAAUCAGGUCCCCGGCGCUCUCGCAGGCCGGCAGCACUUACAGUACGGAAUGCAGCAGAACAACUCAGACAUUUCCUGCCCAGCUGAUGGAAGCCCCCAGGGUCUCAGCGCUUCUGCUCCGCCAGCUGUUCCCACUCCACCUUCACAGCAGCAAAACGUGGAGCGUCAGACUGCAGGCAGCAGACUCGACCCGCAGCCCGGCCCGGUGACCCCGACCGAGCGAUUGGCAGAAAACAGGACACGAGUGGCUCCAAGCCAAGAGAUGGGUUGGAUUGAUCUGAACUCUGCUCUGGGUCCUCAGCGCUCUGCCAGCCAACAGCCCACAUGGAAGGAUUUCUCUGCUGAAGAUUGUAAAGCUCCACAGAUUCAGGGCGGUCUGCUCGACCCUGACCCCUCUCGCGGGUAUCACCCGCAGACUUACAGCCAGCCCGGCUUUCCUCGACAGCAAGACUGUCAGAUGCAAAACGGCUACAAUCUCACCACGCCCCCUUCACAACCUCAGCACAACACUGCCCCUGAGUGGCAGCCUGGAAACUCUAGUACUCCUUCUGGUAUGCAAACCCAGUCUAACAUGCAUCUCAACAAAUUUCAGCGCAUGCCUCAACAGUACAACGUCACUCCGCAGCAAACAAACCAGCAGUUCUGCCCCCAGAUGCAAGAGCAGAUGUGCAAAAACGAUCCAGACUUGGAUCAAAUAUUAUCCCCAGACUUCAUGCUUCAGCAGCAACAAACACCACAGGGCCACCAGCAGUACGAACCCCGUCAUCAGCAGCAGCAGCAAGCCGGCACAAUGCAACCCCAGGGUGCUCAGUCGCAGGACCCCUCUCAGGGCCAGGUUAACCCCCAAAUGCAAAACAGGCAAAAAAUGGAAAUGGAGGGCUUCAUGAACUCGGAAAUGAUGUCCUCUCCGACAUACAGGUCACCUAAACCCUCUGGUCCAGGACAGACUGGGCCCAGUCCCUCCCAGUCCAUGAGAAGUAACUUCCCAUUUCCACACCCUUCCCGACCCAAUUCUCAACCUAUGCCUAGCGACAUGUCGCCGGCAUACGGUUUCAGCGAUGCUGCAGAGAUGCAAAAGCAGCAACAGAGGCCGUACCCCCCAGGUCCCAACAUUCAGAAGCAAUACUCCCAGCAGCCUGCCAAUCACAUGAUGCCGGGUCAUGCGGACUUUCAAAUCCAGCAACGUUCAAACCCUCAACCUCAGACGCCAGACGGUCCUCACGGCGCACAGAUGCCAGCCCAGAUGUUUCCUAAAACCGAACUACAGGACUCCUGUGCUCAGUUCCAGAGACAGCCUCUUCAAAGCCCUGGUCCACAAAUUGACUUUCACAAGCAUGCCGCCCUGCGACAGCGUCUCCUUCACAAGCAGGAAAGACCACACUGUCCUCAGAGCCCCUUAGAGAUCAGACCCAACUUGUUCAAUAUUAAACGAGAGCCCGGUCUCGAGGAUCCGAUGCCGAACAUCCGAAUGCCGGCUCCUCGUAUGCAGCACCCGGACAUGCUGACCAACGUGAAGCAGGAGCGUCCGUCUCCGUCCUGCGAGGACAGUCAGCAGAAGAGCAUCCUGGCGGCUAUGGAGCAGCGACUACAGCAAUACCAGCUUUCCCCCGUCUUCGAGAAGAAGCCGCUACCCAUCAAAUCCCCAAACAAGGUGAAGGUGGAGAUGUCGGGCGGGGUUACGGUCAUCUCCACCAACCUCGAGUGCACCAAUGAGGAGCAGCGUAAGCUGUCAAAUUCCACUCCCAGAAAGGUGGAGCCUGGGCUCCAGAGUUUUCUUGAGUCACCAAUGAAACUGCUGGAUACGCCCAUCAAGAACCUGCUGGACACGCCCAUAAAGGCUCAGUACGACAUCGCUCCCUGUCACUGCGUCGAACAAAUCAGUGAAAAGGACGAGGGCCCGUAUUACACUCACCUGGGAUCCUCUCCAAACAUCCAGGGGAUCAGAGAGCUCAUGGAGAAGAGGACGGGGUUCAGUGGAGGAGCGAUCAGGAUAGAGAAGGUGAUUUACACGGGGAAGGAGGGGAAGAGCUCGCAGGGCUGCCCCAUCGCUAAAUGGGUAAUACGUAGGGGCAGUGUGGAUGAGAAGCUCCUGGUUCUGGUGCGAGAGCGGCCGGGUCACUCGUGCGAGUCGGCGUGUAUCGUGGUGGCGAUUCUGAUCUGGGAGGGGAUCCCGGUGAAUCUGGCUGAUCGACUUUACCUGGACCUCAGCGACACCCUGACCCGCCACGGCGCCCUCACCAACCGCCGCUGUGCUCUCAACGAGGAGAGGACGUGUGCGUGUCAGGGUCUGGACCCCGAGGCCUGUGGAGCUUCUUUCUCGUUCGGCUGCUCGUGGAGUAUGUACUACAACGGCUGCAAAUUCGCCAGAAGCAAAAUCCCCAGAAAGUUCAAGCUGCUGGGAGACGACCCUAAAGAGGUACCACAGAUCUCCCUCACCGAACAGCGGCGUAAAAUAAUCAUCACAAUAAUCAUCACACCGUCGAUUAACCGUAAACUCCGGCUUCACCUUAUUUUACAGGAGGAGAGACUGGAGAGGAAUCUGCAGGGUCUCGCUACAAUAAUGGGUCCCAUUUAUAAAAAACUGGCUCCUGAUGCUUAUAGCAACCAGGUGGAGCACGAGCACCGAGCUCCAGACUGUCGGCUGGGUCUGAAAGAAGGCCGGCCGUUUUCUGGAGUGACGGCGUGUCUGGAUUUCUGCGCUCACGCCCACAGAGAUCUACACAACAUGCCCGGAGGAAGCACUGUGGUCUGUACACUAACCAGAGAGGACAACCGCGAGAUUGGGAAGAUCCCGGAGGACGAGCAGCUCCACGUCCUGCCGCUCUAUAAAGCCUCGUCCACCGAUGAGUUCGGCAGCGCCGAGGCUCAGCUGGAGAAAACCAGAACCGGAGCGAUCCAGAUGCUGAGCGUCUUCCGCCGGCCGGUGAGAACCCUGGCAGAACCGGCAAAGUCCUGCCGGCAGAAGAAGCUCGACGCCAAGAAAGCAGCAGCUAAUAAAGCCUCCAACCUGCACAACAGCAAGAUGGAGAACGCCCAGAAACUCCAAAAACAGAGCUCUUACGAUCCCGCCGGCCGAAACGCACCUGCAGCAGGAAUGGACCAAGGUCCCAAAGGUGCCCCCCUCCAGCCUGGGCAGCACCCUCUAUCUGCCCAAAAUCAACCUCAACAACUGCAGCACCAACACCACCCACCUCCCGCCAACUACCCCAGAUACCCCAACGCUCCCGGAUCCUUCCCCAGCACUUCUAAACCAGCCAACAUCUUCCCACAAGCCCCUGGAUCCGCCGGCCCUUACCACGCCCCUCUGCCCGUCCACAACUCCUACAUGAACGGAUCAAAUCCACCAAGCCCUUACCCCGGAUCUCUGACGCCCAACAACCUGUACCCUGGUUACCAGUGUAACGGGAGCAUGCCCAUGGACAACUACCACCCGUACUACUCCAACCCAAAGCACCUCGACAUGUACCGGCAGCAGAGACCGCCGCUGUACCCCGAGCAGCAGUACGGACCACACCAGCGCUACGGCAUCGACUAUCCGCCGCGCUACGCAGAGCCGGGAUUAGCCGUCAACGGUUACGGAGGCUGCAACAUCAGACCCAGCAUGCAUCCCAUGAGCCACUAUCCCGGUUACGGUCUCAACAGCCCCAGCGGUGGUCCCGAUGCUCAGUACCUGGACGCAAUCGCCAGAGCUCCAUCUGCCCACCCGGGACUGGACUACGCCGCCGCAAAUAAAUGCAACCAGUUUGGCAGAUACCCCAAUCCCUACCUGCCCCAGAACCCUCAGAUGUUCCCUUCAAAUCUGGAUCCUCUAAAUAUGCAAAACAAGCCGGACCUGGGCUUCCACGGAGCGAACGGGAUCCCUCAGGUGCUCCCCCCCCCUAUGAGCAGCGACCCCCUGAACCCCGGCCAAGCGCCAGGUCUGGUCCUCCCAAACCAAAACCUUCCACCGCACCCAGCCAUCAAGCAGGAGCCGGGCACCCAGCCGCCCGGACCCAAGGAGGAGGAGGACGUGUGGUCCGACAGCGAACACAAUUUCCUGGAUCCGGAGAUCGGCGGAGUCGCGGUGGCGCCCAGCCACGGCUCGAUCCUUAUCGAGUGCGCCAAACGCGAGCUGCACGCCACCACGCCGCUAAAGAAACCGGACCGCAACCACCCCACCCGCAUCUCCCUCGUCUUCUACCAGCACAAGAACAUGAACGAGGCGAAGCACGGGCUGGCGCUGUGGGAGGCCAAGAUGGCGGAGAAGGCCCGGGAGAAGGAGGAGGACGCCGAGAAGCACGGCGCCGAGGGAACUCCCAGCAAGAGCGGCGGCAAGAAGGCGAAGCGGGAACCUCCGGAUCACUCGGAACCCUCCGAGCCGCCGUACAAGCGCUUCAUCCAGAUGCUCGCCGAACAAUCGCUGUCCUCCACCACCAACACUUACGUCAGCUCGGCUCCCUACGCCUUCACCAAGGUCACCGGGCCUUACAACUGCUUCCUGUAGGGACUUACCUUCGUUUACGUCGUCCUCGAGCAGAGAGACGAAAGAACUCAGACAGACAGACAGACCGUCGCUGCAGCCGAGUGAACCGGUGCUACAGUAUUGUGAUGCUGACCUCAGUGCCACCGGCUGCUUCAGACUCAGAACUUGAAAAGCUUCGGUUUCUGUGAGGUAACCUGACGACGUGACGACGGAUCCACACUAUAACAAAAACGACGGAACGGAGGAACUACAGGGACUACAGAUCAACGAGACGAGACGUCACACAUCAGGUCUAUCAGCUCCCGAAAGAUCAGCUUCACUGUUCGACCCGUAUAAAGUAUUUAUUUAUCGUACGGUUCUUCUUUCGAGAUUUCAACACACUGUUCUUCUCUGGUGCUCCAAGUCUUCUGGACUUCAUGUAUUACUGGAAACAAAGUUUCAUCUUCAGUGGCUUUAAUUUUACAGUAAAGCAGAAUUUUAUCGCAAAUCACAAACCUAGAGGUAAAAUCCUGGCGUAAAGAAACACUGACUCUUUAGUGGCUGAUCACUUUUUCACGGUGCUAAGUGAAAAGUGUCUUGAAUAUUCUACGUACACUUUCUCUCGUUUCGAUGCCUUCACCACAACGGUUUCUAGUAGCGCGUUACCUCAGAGAUAAGAAGCGGUUAUUAUUUUUUUAUUUUCACGACUUGCUUAAAAACGAUGGGUAGCAGUGAACAGAACAGAUCUGUGUUUUUAAAAGCACUUUUUACAACGAUGAGCUUCUCCUUCAUCUUCUGUUCAGAAAAAUCAAAUAUUUAAUUUUUAUUUAAGACUUAAAAUCGAAUCGGUGAGAUUUAAUUCACUUUUGGCUUUUUUUUCUGUUACAGCAGUUUUUAAGAGAGAUAUAAUUAGCUAAUGAAAUGUGAACAUCAUGCAAACGUGGUUUUUACGAGAGUCUAUCUCCCUGGUGCUUCAGUUUCACAGUCCUUUAUAUAUGUGCUUUAUAUUUUUACUGUAUUUUGAGCCAUUCUCAAGGUGCAUUUUUGAAACAGUAAUAUUUUAAAGACUUUUAGAGCAGUAAUUCUGCUGUUUUACUGUCCACUGUGGUUUCAGGAUUCUGGAGUCAUGUGAUCGGGGUCAUGUGAUCAGUGUCGGUCGUUUGUUACGGAGUCUGUAAACAGUAGCAGUUAGCUAGCGCUAAGCUAGCAGUUAGCCGCUGGUCAGUUACAUGUGUUGUACGGCAGCUCGCGUGCUGUAGGGGGGCGGGGUUAAUUGUAAUCUAGCUGUAGGGGGGCGGGGUUAAUUGUAAUCUAGCUGUGGGGGGGCGGGGUUAAUUGUAAUCUAGAUGUAUGAUACGGUGAGAUUUGUACAGUAAAUUAAUUCUCUCUUUUCUGCGUUAGUUUAGUAAAAGUAAAGGAGAGAAAGGUUUCUUGGGGAUGAACUGAUCUGAUUGGUGCUACUCGACGGUCAGAUAAUGUGAGAAUCUGGGUGGGAGGGGCUUAUGAUGAAUGAUGUACAGAACCUACUUGUCAUUUACCUCAGAACAUUUUGGCAAUAGGAUUAAAGUCUCUCCUCUGUUUCUGGGUUUUAGUUUUUCAGGAUCUGAGUUCACCUGCUCUCUUCAUCUUCAUCUUUUAGAAAGAGUUACUUGAACGUUACGUUUGGGUGAAAUCAGGGAUGUUUCAGCUCAUUUCUGCUCUUACGCCACGGCUGUCGCUCUCGCGCUCGAGAUCAGGGAUACGUUUCUGAAUCCCGAUCUUUACUGUAAAUAAACUACAAACACAGAAUAACUUUGUAAAAACUCACGUUUUUGUACUUCAGUUUUAGUUUAGCUGAUAAACCUUUUUAAAAUUAAUCUUAAAUAAUAAUAAUUAAUAUGCACUGAGCUGAUAAAGGGAAGGUAUGGUAUUGACGAGUUCACGGUGCGGCAUUCGCUUUUAAUAAACCUUCAGUUCCAGAGCAGAUCAGAUAUCGAUACCUGAUAAAAAAUAUGAUUUAUUUAUAACCACUAAUCAUCAAAUUAUUUUAAUUAAUCUGAAUUAAUUUUUCAAUCACAGUUUAAAAAUGAUUCACCUGAACUUACAGGUUAGAGGUCUGCACCUAAUCCCUCCCCCACCCCCAUUCACACCGCUCUCGCAACAACUAGUCCCGCUCUCGCAACAACUAGUCCCGCUCUCACUAAAAUAAGUCCCACUUUCACAACAAUAAGUCUUGCUCUCGCUAAAAUAAGUCCCGCUCUCACAACAUUAAGUCCCGCUAUCACCCUGCACUUGUACAGCAAGUCCCGCUCUCACUACAAUAAGCCUUGCACUCGCAACAAUAAGUCUCGCUCUCGCCCUGCACUUGUACAGUAAGUCCCGCUCUCAUUACAAUAAAUCUGGCUACGCUACGUCCCGCUCUCGCCCCGCACUUUUUUACAGCAAGUCUUGCUCUCGCAACAAUAAGUCCCGCUAUCACUCAGCACUCGUACAGUAAGUCCUGCUCUCACUACAGUUCGCCCUGCUAAAAUAAGUCCUGCUCCCCCCGCCGCGCAGACCUCUCCUCUCGCGCUCUUAUAGUCAGAUCUUAAAGCACUUCAUCAGUUUAUCAUUAAAAACAGUGAAUUAAUAAACGGAUUAAUUUAAAUCGAGACGGUUGGUGUAAAUGUGUUGGGGAAUAAAUUAUGCCAUGUUGUAAAUAUCAUGUGUUUGUAUUGCAAAAAAAAAGUGCAAAUCCAUUAUUGAUUAUUGAUUAUUGAUGUUGUAAUGUCUGAGGUUUUGGUGUGUAGUUAGUUCAUGAGCCUCGUUUUUUAUUCAGCCAUUAAAUAUCCUUCCCUUCAGAUUUUACCUUUAGUGGAUUUGGGUUUGAUUGACAGUGGCCCUGCCCCUCUGUCCUUGGCCCCGCUCCCUCCGUGUAAAGUCUGGAAGUGCAGCACUUUCGGAAGUUUCGGCCCCGCCCCCCCAUUAGCAUAAUUAUUUAAAUAUAUUAUUAAUAUUCGUGGAGGACUCCAGCGCUGUGAUGGAGAGUGUAGAAUGUGGGUUACGGGACGCAGCUUCAGUAGCAGGGGGCGGGGCCGGGGACAGGGUGGGGGCGGGGUCAGGGUAAUUAGGGCGAGGGUAAUUGGGGCGUUUGGGCGUCGCGGGUGAAAAGCUAAAGCAGAGCCAUACUUGAAGCUUCGAGUGUUUGGAAAUUUUCUCGCGGGGGGAGCGGCGCUAAUGCUAAGCUAGCGAUUAACGUACGCGUGUUGGUUUUCUGCAGUUAGACACUAAAGGCAUUUACGUGUUCUUUUUUUAAUGUUUCCCUUGUUCCCUGAAAGUUACACUUAAAAUGGAAUUAAGGACGGAUAUAAAUACUGUAAAGUAUUGUAAUGUACUGAAGUACUGAAUGCAGUUUAUUUGAAAGCUGUUUAUUAUAUCAUUCCUGAUAUUGCUGAGAUGUGGGUGUUUUUAAUAAAAUUUAUAUUUAUUUCAAUCA